UGCGUUUCGUUACACGCCGCUCACGCUGUACAAGAUCUAACUUUCUAAGGCUACACUAAUGUAGUAAAAGGGAACGGAAUUGAAGCGUACCAAUACCUUUGGUAGGUACGCACUGUAAUAAUAUGGCGAAAAAGUAGAAGUGCUACAUACACUUCUACUUUUCAUUACUCAUUAUUUAUGCUUCAAUAUAGUCUGUCAAACAGAGGUGUGUGUGUUUGUAAAAAAGCGCGAAAUUUUAAUUCUUCAUGGCUUUUAAUUAUCCUAUUUUUUUUAAAUUUUCCGCUUUUUCUAGAGACGGAAUCGGCCAUAAAAACUUAAAGGAAAAGUCUGUAGAACUACGGAUUUUUUAAAUUGCGAUCUACGGAAUUCUACGGAUAUUUUGGCCGCAGCCUACAGAUUUACAGAAUUAUAAUCUGGCAACACUGGCUGCACCUUCAAAAAGGCGAUAAGGCAAUGUGCGAUGUUGUUGUAACGACAACAAUUUACGUUUCUUUCGACAAUAAAAAUUACUAGAUAAACUAUGACGAUAUUUCACGACGAAAUAGAAAUUGAAGAUUUUGAGUAUGACGAGGAUGAUGAUAUGUAUUAUUAUCCCUGUCCAUGUGGUGACAGAUUCCAAAUCAGUAAGGAGGAAUUAAUGGCGGGAGAAGAAGUAGCAACAUGCCCCAGCUGUUCUCUUGUCGUCAAAGUUAUAUACGAUUUGGAGAAAUUCAAAGCAGAGGAAGAGGAAUUAAACAAAGCCGAUGGGGACAAGGAAGCAGUGAAGGCGUAACCUGACAGAAAGAUCAUAAUGAGUUGAGAAUGAGAUUCUACACUGCUGGCCCGGUGAUUGAGGCGUCAAGAAGCACUUCAUGGGCAGUGGUUCUGUGAUGUUUUGUGAUACUCUUGAUAGGAGCAUUGUAAAUAAAUUUGCUUUUAACAAUAAAUUGAGUUUUGCUCAUUAGAAUCCCUAUGAUGGAUAUAAUAAUGACUAGGUAUCUAAAAAAUAGGAAUAUAGGUAGUAGGCAUCCAACAUACAUCUAGUAAUGUCUAGGUGGUCAAAAAUAUUCUAAAACACCUUU